AAUAACUAUUAUAAAUUAUAAAUAUUAAUAAUUAGUUAUAAUGCAGUUAUCUAAACUUCGGAAACUUAACAUUUUUUAACAACAAAAGACUAAUCGAAACCUAUGCAGAUUCUGGACCCAAACCACUUAACAUUAGAUCCUUGAUUUUAUAUUUUCUUUCUUAAACUUCACCUUCUAUAUUAUCUCGCAGCGAGAAUCUCUCAGCCAAACUAAAAAUCAUAUAAAAAUAUUGUGAAUGUAAUUUGUAAAUAUGCUGGUGGAUUACUAUUAUCGAAAUUACUCUUCUAAAAUAUAAAUAAUUAUGAUUCCGUUUUAAUAACUUCAAAUCAAUAAUAUGAAUGUUCAUUUUUAAUUAUUGAAUUGAUUAUUUAUUUUAAAGUUAGUUCAGUUUUAUGACAUCACAUGAUCAUUCUUCUCUAUCUGUCACAUGAUCAUUUUCUCUAUCUGUAUAAAUACUACCACAAUCUUCCUUACUAUAAAUCACUUCACAACCGUUGUCAAAAAAAAAUCACUUCACACAACACAGAACACUUUCGCUCACAAACUACUUUCAUUCUAACUUUUUCCUUAUUUACAACUCAACCAAUUAAACCAAAAGAAAAAAAAUUAUCAGUUUACCCACAAGAAAUUAAGAAUCAUGCUAAAGAUGGAAACUUUUGGUGGCAUUUCGGUUGCUGCACCUACUUCCUCCGCGGUGGAAAAAACCACCACUCCUGCCAACUCUGCUUCUCCCACUUCUUCACCUCCGCCGCCUCUUUCGCCGGAGCAGCCACAACAACAGACGGUAGUGCUAAGCCCUUGUGCGGCUUGCAAGAUUUUGCGGCGCCGGUGCGCCGAGAAAUGCGUAUUGGCCCCGUAUUUUCCUCCGACGGAUCCAGCGAAGUUCAUAAUCGCCCACCGUGUCUUCGGAGCUAGCAACAUUAUUAAGUUCUUGCAGGAACUUCCGGAAUCUCAAAGAACAGAUACGGUUAAUAGCAUGGUUUAUGAAGCAGGAGCUAGGAUGAGAGAUCCGGUUUACGGCUGUGCGGGAGCGAUUUACCAUUUGCAGAGACAAGUGUGUGAGCUUCAAGCACAACUUGCGAAAACUCAAGUAGACCUAGUGAGCAUGCAACUCCAAAGAUCAGAUCUACUCGAACUAUUACAUAAAACGGAGCAAGCAAAUUUAUCAGAGCAACAGGAAGGACAGCAAAAUAUGUCCUUUGAGAGUUCAUUUGAAAGUGGUGACGAGUUCAUUAGUAGCCACGACGAAGUGACCAAUGAUUUGGGAUUCCUCGAUUGCAACAACAACAAUAAUAAUUCAUCCAUGUUGUGGUCGGAUCCUCUUUGGACAUGAUCAUAACUUAUUGUAUUAUUAGCUCACUUUAAUGCGCUUUAGUGGUUACUACCAUAUGCAUACAAUAGACCUAUGCCGUCUUUUCUUUCUCUAAAUUUGUCUAAGUCAGCCAAUCAUAUAUAAGCACGUUACUGAACU